AUGCAUGUAUUCAUUUUAUGGUCUUACUCGCACCCACAUCAUCAUCCCAUCAACCGGCUAAGGCGGGAUGUGCCGUGUAUAACGCGCAACGUUUACUGUGGGAACAAGGAAGAGCCUAUCGAGUUGUGGAAGGCCUUACAGGCGCAGACACUCUUCCUCCUCGCGUCGCGCAUUGACGUGCUUCGCGAAAGUAGAGCCACCGGCAGGGCGUACCAUCUGGUCAAGCCAGUCCUAUACAAGCUGUUCAGUAACGUGGUUGACUACAGCGCGCGAUACCGUGCGCUGGAGGAUGUAAUUCUCGACGCCGAAUCGCACGACGCAAUUCGGACUGUUCCGCUUGUUUCUAGUACACCAAAGAGUGCUAUGGCCAUCGAUGCGGUCACGCAGUUGGCGGGUUUCGUGCUAAACAGCGGCCUAAGAUACGGCGACGACACCUCCUGCAUCUCCGUUGGCUUGGAGGCAUGGCGCGAGUUUGAGAAAUUGCGAGGCGACCAGACAUUCUUGUCAUUCCAGAAGUUGAAGAAGGUUGCCCUAGACAAGUUACUCGGAGUUGAAGAUCCGGAGAUGAUCAGAGGGGGGUCUGUCGGUGAUCGUGCACACACCAAGGACUUGUCCAUGAAGCCAAUAUCGCACAUGCACCCCAUCACGCCUCCCCAGGAUGUGCCGCAGAUUCAGCUUUCCAAGUCUCCAUCGCCAUUCAGACUCAAGGGAACCUCUCUGGAUCUGGAGACCACAUCACUCGCAUCCGACUCCGAUAUUAUGAAGACGGUGCUCAGUAUCGUGGCGGCUGAAAAUGAGACUGCUACAUUCACCGAUCUCGGAGUUGACUCACUCAUGGCUCUCACGAUUCUUUCCAACAUCGAACGGGACACAGGUAUCGACGUGGAGGCAGGCUUUUUCCUUGAACAUGAGACGGUUGGCGAAGCCAAGCAAGCCUUGCUGGCAAGAUUCGGCUUGCAGGAUGAAGUAUUGCCAAGACCGGUGGCCGUCAUAGAGGACUCGCAACAGGCGCCCGUACAAGGUCAGCUUAUGAUUCCAACAUCCGAACCGGAGCAGUUGAGCAUUGCCUUACCGCAGGCAUCUCCCGAGCGAACGAGCAAGAUAAUACAUCUCCGGGGUCCCAGCGGCCUCGACACCACCAAGCUAUUCUUCCUUGCCGACGAGACCGGCUUGGUGCUGUAUUACAUGAUGCUGCCAAGCCUAGGACGAGACCUCUGCGAGUUUGGGGUAGAGUCGCCAUUUGCCCGAGAGCCACAAUCGGCCGACGAAGGCGCCACCAUCCAACAGCUGGCCCACGCCUGUGCGACGGCGAUACGUAGAGAGCAGCCCCGUGGCCCGUACAUGGUCGCUGGCGUCUCUGCGGGGGCGGCGCUGGCACUUGAAGUCGCGCGCAUCUUGCAGGUGGGCGGCAACAUGGUAGACGGUCUGCUCUUGCUCAAUCCGGGCGGACGCGGAUGCAGACGCGGUCGAGAGUCGGUGAGCUACCUAGCCGGCAAAGGCAAAGCCUGCCCAGAGGGAUCACGUGCGCAUGAUGCUCCAAGCCCUACGGCAAUAUCAACCGCAGCCGCUCGCGGUACAGCCACGCACGCCUAUAGCCAUCGUGCCCAAGCAAGGAGAAGCAGAGGUGGGGAGAAUUGGAAGCCGUUCGUGCCCCACCUGCAAUUGGCGAUCCGGACGAUUGAUGUUAAGGGCGACUCGUUCAUGAAAUUCCAAACCCUCAAUGUCCUUGGUCAGAUGUGUAGAGAAGCGAUAGAGGCUUGUGAAGAGUGA